AAUUUAUUCGUUUAUUCGUUUAUGUCGUGAUUAUGUGGUUUCGAUCCGUUGUCCACUCUGCCAUCUGAGUCCUCUCCCAUCUGAGCCUCUCAUUGAAUGCUCGCAAAAGUUGGAUUGUGUCACGGCCAGAGCUUCAUGAUAACGCCACAUAAGUGUUGAAUGGUGUCAGCCCUCCUGUUGGUGGAGGUGCAAGAUCGAUGAUGACAUGCCGGAUUGUUUGGCCUUGAGAUAAUCUGUGAAACCAUAUGCCCCUGUCACAGGCAGCUGUCAGUGCUUCACUGUCUUCGAUUUCCCAUCGACAACAUCCACCCGAUCUCUGGCCACUUCUUCCUUAUCGACUCUUUUUGUACCUGUUGUCAGUCCCCCUGCCUUCUGUCUACACCACUACAACAGCCGUUGCCAUUGGCUCGUCUACCACUAUCUCAGUCAUCACAACAUCAUCAACUCCUCCCGCGUCGACAAUAUUCAGUGACUCUUCAGGCUUCAAAACUCGCAGGGAUUCUGAAGGCUUAAUCGGUGGCGUGAUUGGUGGUGUCCUGGCUAGCACACAAGCAAGUAAUCGCUCCAGCUUGACUCAAGAGACGUUAUUUUCAGGUGCUCGUUCAUUUGUGUCCAACAUAGUCUUGAUGAUCUCUCCCUGUGGGUCAAGGGCUGAGGAAAAGAUGGGUCGCCCUCUGAGCGCCCGUUUCCUGGGCCUUCUUUCUCACCCUCUACAUGUCAAUGCCAUCAACAUUAGGUUUUCAACUGUUGUGUGAUACAAUCUUAUGUAAAAAUUUCUCUCCACAUUGCACUGGCUGCCAAAAUGACAAUGUUAUUGUGUG